UACUUUAUAUUCAUGUACUUAAACGGACAUUCGACAUACGUGGUCGUUUUUAAUUCUGGUCACACUUGUAUUAGAUAACUGUGGACAUUAAGGAUAUUCCUAAUUGUUGCUGUACUUCUACAAGAUGAUCCAUUUUCGUACGUUUGUCGUUCUCUUGAUGGCCAUUGUUGGUGUGACGCUGGCCAGCGAAUGCUGCGAUGAUUACUACGAUGCUCUGAACAACUACAAGUCUGCCCAGUUUUGCAGCGACUUUUGCUGUGGCAGUCAUCUGACAGGUCUCUUCUGCUGCUCGAACAUUCUGCUGCAGACAGACGACUUGUACCGUUCAGACUUCUGCUACCUCUGGUGGACAAACAAUAUUUGGGCCCCAAUCGUAACAGCAGUGGUGGGCUUGGCCAUUGUGAUCGCGUGCUGCGUAUGCUGCUACAGGUGUUGUUGUCGAACCAAUACCGUCUUCGUACAGGGCGGAGGUCCGUAUAUGGGGGGCGGAGGGACAACCAUUGUUCAGCAGACAACCAAUUCGAUGAAUUCGAUGCACUCUGGUUACGACCAGCCCAGAUACUAAACACAGAGGUUCACAUCUCAGUGUCACCCAUUGAAAUCAAACGUCUCACUGUGACCGUAGUCUUUAUGGCAUCACCUGACAACGUAGCAAGCUUGUUUUUGUAUGCCCACAUGUUUGAUAUCUAUCAACAUAUGUCGUAUCGUUUGUAUAUUUGAUUUCCUCGAUGAAGUAAAUGUUGUUGAAUGAUCCUCUCUUUUUAAUUUUGUGCAAUAAAAAUAUUAAAAUUA